AUGGCUUCCAAAACUUGUUCCUCUCUUGCAGUUUUCCUCACAAUCAACAUUCUCUUCUUUACCCUUGUUUCAUCUUGUGGAACUUGUGGCUCCGGCUCGUACCCAAACCCAAACCCUAACCCUAAGCCAAAGCAUACUCCUAACUCAAAAAAUUCAGGUGGCUCGAGUCCUGGAGGCUCGAGCCCUUCAGGAGGCUCGAACCCCUCAGGUCCUUCCGGCCCUUCAGGCGGGAGUAGCACCGGCUUGUGCCCACGUGAUGCACUCAAACUCGGCGUAUGUGCCAAUGUCCUAAAUGGAUUGUUGAAUGCAACUUUGGGUCAGCCACCAGUGACUCCUUGUUGCUCCCUUCUUAAUGGCCUUGUUGAUCUUGAAGCUGCAGUGUGUCUUUGCACAGCCCUUAGAGCUAGCAUUUUGGGGAUAAAUCUCAACCUUCCUAUCUCACUUACCUUGCUUCUCAAUGUUUGUUCAAAACAAGCACCACGUGAUUUCCAAUGCAACUAA